GAGAGAGAGAGAGAGCGCCCGCGCGCGCGCGUGCGUCGGGAGAGCGCGCGAGCGGAUGCCGCUCCGGCCAUGACUCGUCCCGGGAAGCGCAGCCUGCGAGCGGCGUUGAUCCUGCUGUCCGUCGCCCAGCUGACUGCAGGUCUGAGGUGUGUGUGCCAGCUCUGCGCAAACCACACCUGCGAGACGGCCGCGGACGGAGCCUGCUGGAACUCUGUGAUGCUGGUCGACGGGAAGGAGGAGACGGACACGUCGUGCAUGUCGCCCUCCGAGAUCAAGGGCCAGGUCUUCUGUUACAGCUCCCGAAAUGUCUCCAAGAGGAACUGCUGCUUCACUGACUUCUGCAACAAUGAGACCCUAACACUACACCCAGAGAGGCCUUUGGAAGAGCCCGGCUGGAGCAGGCUGCAGCUCACCGUGGUGAUCCUGGUGCCCUCCUGCCUUCUGUGUGUGGGGAUCCUGCUGAGUGUGUUUGUCGUACAGAGCCACCGAUGUGCUUCCAGCAGAGCCCACAAGCAGGACCCGGAGGAGCCCCUGGACGACCAGAUGCUCAUGUCGGCCGACAAAUGUCUCAAAGAUCUGAUCUAUGACAUGAGCACCUCGGGCUCCGGAUCAGGUCUGCCGUUGCUGGUCCAGCGGACGAUAGCCCGGACCAUCGUCCUGCAGGAGACCAUCGGGAAGGGUCGGUUCGGGGAGGUGUGGCGGGGAAAGUGGCGAGGAGAGGACGUGGCGGUGAAGAUCUUCUCCUCCAGAGACGAGAGGUCGUGGUUUCGUGAAGCAGAGAUUUAUCAGACGAUCAUGCUCCGACACGAGAACAUCUUGGGCUUCGUCGCUGCGGACAACAAAGAUAACGGCUCGUGGACCCAGCUGUGGCUGGUGUCGGAGUACCACGAGCACGGCUCCCUGUACGACUACCUGAACAGGUUCACGGUCUCUCUGGAAGGCAUGACCGUGCUCGCUCUGUCCGUAGCCAGUGGACUGGCCCAUCUCCACAUGGAACUCAUUGGAACUCAGGGUAAACCCGCCAUAGCUCACAGAGAUCUGAAGUCUAAAAAUGUCCUGGUGAAGAAGAACGGCACCGCCGUCAUCGCAGAUUUGGGUUUGGCUGUGAAACAUGACUCCAGCACCAACUCCAUCGAAAUACCGUCCAACCACAGAGUGGGAACCAAGAGGUACAUGGCCCCAGAAAUCCUUGAUGACACGAUCAAUAUGAACUGCUUUGAGUCUUUCAAGAGGGCGGAUAUCUACUCGCUGGGCCUGGUGUUCUGGGAACUCGCCCGAAGGUGCUCUGUUAGAGGACUUCAUGAAGAAUUCCAGCUGCCUUACUAUGACCUGGUGCCUUCUGAUCCAACCAUCGAGGACAUGAGGAAGGUGGUGUGUGAAACCAAACUCCGACCCAACGUUCCCAACCAGUGGCAGAGCUGUGAGGCUCUACGCGUGAUGGGCAAACUGAUGAGGGAGUGCUGGUAUGUCAAGCCCGCUGCUCGACUCACCGCCCUGAGGGUCAAGAAGACGGUGUCUCAGCUGUCUUUCAUCAAGGAUGUCAAAGAUUAGUAGGACCCCGUCGCCCUGCAGGUCGGCACCACACACUGAGAGCAAAGACUCCCGGUCCGAGGCUGCCCCUUCCAGGAGACACCCUUCAGCCUCAGAGAGCACCUUCGGGUUGUUAUUGGUGCCUAAGUAACGUAGGGGGGGGGCGUCCAUGGCUGCUACGCACACACACAUGCACACACGCACACACGCACACACACACCGUGUGAAAAAAUGAACAGAACUGCUGCACUUUGGGUAGGAACAGUUGUGUGUGUGUGUGUGUGUGUGUGUGUGUGUGUGUGUGUGUGUGUGUGUGUGUGUGUGUGUGUGUGUGUGUGUUUAUAGUACUAUAGUGUAUACAGAGAUUAUUUGCUACCUCAAAGAUUUAAGUGCCAAAAGCUUGAAGUUACACAUGUGAUGUUUUCGUGCCAUAUCGUAAAUCAAAAAAAGUAUUGCUGAGUCGUGUGCUAACUGACAAUCAGACAGAUUAUAGAAAAACACACCAAAUUUCUUAACUAAGUAUUGAAUGGAGAAUGAUGAGAUUUAAAAAAUAAAAGGUCCUGGUCCCCAGAGGAUGGCUAAUAAUAACUGCUGUGUGGAGACUAGUAAGAGUUAUUCCCCAACACAGUGAACCUGGCCGUUCCUCUGGCGCCACCCUCAGGCCCGACUUUAAAUAUUUAGCCUGGCCGCUGGUGGGAAUUGAAUCUAUGAUGUUGUCUCAUGGGCUCAUUAGAGUGGUUUUAUACUUGUGUCUUUGUCGUCUGCACAAAGAGAAGCAUAGCUAUACGUGCCUGCUAUAAGGUUUCCACAUUUAAAGCUUUCAGUUGCUGAAUAGAGCUGCUCUCUGACAUUCAUGAUUGUUAAAAAAAAAAAGGUUAUGUUCUGUAUUCAAAUAUUCCCCAUGGAAAUAUUUCAUUUGAAUGGUUGCAAUUUCAUGUUUUUAAUUAAUAAACAUCCUUAUGCUAGCAUAAGCACAUUAAUAUUUUUAACUGGGACAUUAAAGACUACAUUUAGUGUGUUCCCAAUGCUGCUAUAGCGAGUUUCUUAAUGUACGAGACAAUAGCAAAGACGAAGGUAUGAUCAGCUCUUGAUAAGGAUCCUGAUGAAGUGAAAUCAUGAAAAAAUAAAAAAAUGAAAUUGCCAAAUUCUCAUUAAAACCGUAAAGCGGUUUCACCUGCGGGGCCUAGUCUGUCCGACGGGUGCACAUAUAAUCACGGUCCGUUGGGUAUUGUCAUAACCGGCUUUGGACAAAUGACUUCUGGGUGAGUUUGUAUUUCCAUUCUUAUCUUCAGCCACACGUGUGAUGCUGUGACCGUGUGCGCGUUGCAGAUCAUCAUCUGGAGUGACCGUGUGUAUAAAGAGGUGAAUCUCAUCUAUUAUUGUAGUGUGUUUGUGAAACUGGUACUGUGUUGGAAAAAAAAAAAACUGUUUCACAUCCAUUAUGGGUUUCAUUUCAUGCUUGGAUUAACGCCCAUGAUUUUUGUUGCCAUGACGAGUUACUUACCUCCAUGUAGCUGCUUGGUGUUGAGACAUUUAAAGUUUCUGGUAUAACUGCUAGUUGAUAAUGUAGAAGCAGCUUUUGCUCUCUUAACAAUUACCAGUUAAUGUAAACAUUAGUGGUUUUGCUUUUAAUGAAAUCAUUAGUUGACUUCAAUCAUGGGAUCGUUCAAAUUUGUGUGUUGCAGAAGACCGAUAUGAAAAAUUUAAAAUAUAGUAUUAAAGAGUGUUUCUGCCCAGGUCCAUUGAAGGUACUUUUAUAUGUAUUAUUUUUUUAAAUCAAAUAUUGGAUGUAUUCUAAGCUGAGCUUUGAUUUUGUCUAUUGCGUCAUAUCUGUUUCUCAGAAUCGCUAAGCAUGUAAAAGACUUAUCUAUCGUUCCGAAGAGGAGUGACCACAAUGUGCAAUUUUUGACUGGUGUCUUUUUUUAUAUAUUCAGUAUGAAUUUGCUAAAUGCUGGAAUCAAAUGUGAAACCACUAUCAUAACGUAAAACAAGCUCUUUGAUUUUGAAUCGAUCCUGUCAUGUAUAUCUGUGUCAUUGCUCACAUGUGAUGCCGUCGCAUUGUAUCUAUAUUUAUUUUGUAUAGAAAUGAGUUAUAUCAUUAAGUCAAUAAACUAUUUCUCAUGGAGUGGA